GAGCCGGUAUGUCAACAACAACAUCUAUACAAUCAGGAAACACGUUUGCUGAAUGUUUUAGCGACGUCUUGAAGAAUACUGACUGCUAUGAUGUGGCUGGUAAUCUGUGGGCUUGCCAUACACCUCGUCUUCUUCUACUCCAUCUUUGACAUUUAUUUCACGUCCCCCCUUGUACAUGGCAUGACACCAUUUACCACCCCAUCUCACCCCCCUGCGAAGCGACUCGUUCUCUUUGUAGCAGAUGGAUUGAGGGCUGACAAAUUUUUUGAGGUUGAUCCAGGUGGUGUUCAUAGAGCACCCUACAUCAGGACAAUCAUUGAAGGCAAGGGGUCCUGGGGCGUAUCACACACGCGGGUACCUACAGAAUCCCGCCCAGGUCACGUUGCUCUAAUCGCGGGCUUCUACGAGGAUGUCAGUGCUGUAGCUAAAGGUUGGAAGGAGAACCCUGUAGAGUUUGACUCUGUGUUUAAUGAGAGUCUGUAUACUUGGUCAUGGGGAAGUCCUGAUAUUCUACCAAUGUUUGCUAAAGGUGCCAGUGGAGGUCAUGUAUAUACUCACUGUUAUGACGCAGAUAAAGAGGACUUCACAGGGGUGGAUUCUCACAAACUGGACAUGUGGGUGUUUGGUAAGGUCAAGGAUUUUUUUCGCCAGGCCAGAGAGAAUACGAGUCUUCUGCAUAAAUUAAAACAGGACAAGAUUGUGUUUUUCUUGCACCUGUUGGGACUGGACACAAAUGGACACUCUAACAAGCCUUAUUCCAGGGAAUACCUGAGCAACAUUAGGGUCGUUGACAAAGGCAUUCAGCAAAUCGAGGAACUGGUGGAGAAUUUUUAUGGGAAUGAUGGGAAGACGGCCUAUGUUCUCUCGGCAGACCAUGGCAUGACGGACUGGGGCUCCCAUGGGGCUGGCGACCCUAGCGAGACCCUGACCCCCCUGGUGGUGUGGGGUGCAGGGUUAAGAGGCGCCCUCCCUAACUCUGACCCCUCCCAUAUUUAUCCUGAUCAUUUCUCCACAGACUGGCAUUUGGAUCAUUUAAGAAGACAUGAUGUACAACAGGCUGAUGUAGCGGCUUUGAUGUCAUCUCUGAUUGGAGUACCUUUCCCUCUCAACUCUGUGGGGAGGCUACCCUUGGAUUUCCUGAAUACAUCUGAUGGUUUCAAAUCAGAGAGCCUCUUCACAAAUGCUCAGCAGAUACUGGCUCAGUUUAAGGUGAAGAUGACUCAGAAGCAGAAGUCUACGUUCAGCUUUACCUUCAGACCUUAUCAAGAACUGUUGGAAUCUAAACAGAUUGAGAAAGUGAGAGAGAUCCGGAGGCUGAUUCAGGCGGGCCAGCACCUUUUAGCAAUUGAGGAAUCCAAAGCUCUCAUGGAGUCCGCUCUGAAGGGAUUGAAUUAUUACCAGACGUAUGACAGGUUCUUCCUGGGGUUCAGCAUUGUGUGUGGAUUUCUGGGCUGGAUGGCUUAUGUGCUCGCUCUGGUCAUAGAGGGGUACUCAGGGGUGUUGAUACACACAGACAAGCUGGACAUGAACAACAUCCCUGCCUGGAGAACUCCACAAGUCACCUUGAUGAUAGGCAUUGCUAUGGCAACUGUCAUCACGAUAGUACUUUUUGUGCAGUCGUCCCCGCUGAGUUACUACAUCUACUGCCUGGCGCCUGUUGUACUGUGGACUUGUGUUCUGUUAAGGGUGAGGAUGUACUACUCGGCUAUACAAUCCAUCCAUCAGUCAGGCAGCUGGGUCCAGGUGCUACUCUGUGUACUGGGGAUAGUUGGGGCCACAGAGCUAGUUGUAUGGAGCUUUUUCCAGCGGGAGUUAUUGAGCAUUGGUCUGGUGACCAUGUCUCUAUGGCUGGUCACAUCUCCCUCAUUCAAAACUUACACAAGCUCCCUGGGGUGGCUAAGUAGCUGCCUCACCCUGGCUGUGUUCCCCCUGCUACCCGUGGUAGGAAAGGAUACAGAUUACAGCUUAGUAUUGUUUGCAGGCUGUUUAUUUGUAUUACUUGGAAUCUUUGCAAUAAAAAGAGUUUCAGGACGAGUGUCCUCAAGUUCCUUUCAGGAAAGUCACACCUCAUCCCCUGAUGGGGAAAAUGGCAGGACUGUCAUUGUAUUGGUUAUCCAGACUCUGUUGUUGGGUAUAUCUACCGCCAUAGUUCGGUCAACAUCAGCAAGCAUGGCUAACAGGAAUGGCCUACCAUUGAUCAAUCAGAUUCUCAGCUGGACAAUUCUAGGCCUGUCCUUAGUUCUGCCCCUGUUCUCCUCCAAUCGUGUCACAGACAGACUAGUCAGUAUAACACUGUCCAUUGCCUCACCCGGCCUUCUACUGAGCAUCAGGCAAGAAGGGUUAUUCCUGUUGGCCUUGACCUGUCUACUUUACUUCUGGGUCAGAAGAGAACAGAACUUAGUCAGGCCAGGUCUCAAGCUGGACAGGUUAGAUUUCCAUGAAGCAGACACUUGUGAGCGUAGACUUCUGGAGUGGGCUGACCUCCGCAGAGCCUACUUCUUUGUAUUCUUAAUUCUAGUAGCUUUUUUUGGAACAGGGAAUAUUGCAAGUAUAAACAGUUUUGAGCCAGCGUCAGUGUACUGUUUUCUCACCACAUUUAAUCCAUUCCUGAUGGGAGCUCUGAUGGUGUGGAAGAAUCUGAUUCCAUUUGUUGUGGUGACCUGUUGGUUCAGAGCCAUCCAUGUCAUCACUAACCUCCCCACCAGAGCAUUCUUCCUCAUCGUUUUUAUUAUCUCAGACAUCUUAGCUUUGCAUUUCUUCUUCUUGGUGCGUGACUAUGGCAGCUGGUUGGACAUCGGGACGAGCAUCAGUCAUUACGUCAUAGUCAUGUCCAUGAUCAUCUUCGUUGUGCUUCUGUUUGGACUUGGCCACGUCUUAACCCUGUGGAGGCUUCCAAGAGGGGUCCACAAACAACAUCCACACUGAUAAUUGCACAGAUGUAAGGUGGAGGCUUCCAAGAGGGGGUCACACUGACACAUGCAUAGUUGUAUAGAGGAGUCUCACAAUAGGACGCCCUCACUGAAAUAACUGAUACAUAAACAAUUGUAAAAUGUUAAGCAGGUAGUUAUUUUUCUACUCACACAAACUUGAAAGUCCUGAAGAGUUAAGAUCUUAUUGAUUGCUUGAAUCAUGAUUAAUUUUAAGUACAGUAUUUCUUUGACUGUGAAAAAGGGAGAAACUAAAUAUGGCAGAAAUUAAGGACAAUAAGUGUAAGAAAAGAUUGUCAUGUGUAAGUGUAGCAGAAUAAGAAAUACCAGUAUGUGUGAGUACCUCUGUCAUGAAAACAUGUUGGUAGAACUAGGUAGAAAUGAAUCCUCAAGAACAGGACCUUGUCUAAGGUACAUCAGAUUCAUUUACAUAUGAACACUUUUUUGUGUGGAAACACAGAGUUAUUGGUGAUAUUAAAGAUAAGUACUGUUUUUAUAUACAAUGUACAUACACUUCUACAUGUGUCCUGUUUUAGAGAAACUUCAGAUUCCUGCAGUGUGAAGUAUUCAUAUGUACAUAUUUUAUUGAUUUGGGAAUAUUUAAGACCUGAAAAAUCAAAGUUUUGUAUAUUGGUAGUAUUGCAUAAAUACAUGUAUUUUAUCAAGUGUUU